GAGGCGUUUCGUUCUUUCUGGCUAACUCGGCUGUAGCGACAGCACCGCCGCACCGAAGGACUUCUGGAAAGUUUCUACUCGGUGUCCCCCCCCCCUGCCUCCGUUGCUGUCAUGGCCCCCAGCGCCCAGUUAAAGGAGGCGAUAGCUGAUGUACAGGAAGGCAUCCGAGCCAUCCUACUCGGACCUCCCGGAGCCGGUAAAGGGACUCAGGCUCCGCGGUUAGCAGAGAAAUACUGCGUCUGCCACCUGGCAACAGGGGACAUGUUGAGAGCCAUGGUGGCCUCUGGCUCGGAGCUCGGCAGGAGGCUGAAGGAGACCAUGGACUCCGGCAAACUGGUCAGCGAUGAGAUGGUCGUUGAGCUCAUAGAGAAAAACUUGGACACGCCCGCCUGCAGGAACGGUUUCCUGUUGGACGGGUUUCCUCGGACCGUGAAACAAGCAGAGAUGCUCGAUGGCUUGUUGGACAAAAGGGACGAGAAGCUGGACUCUGUGAUCGAGUUUUCUGUCGACGACUCCCUGCUGGUUCGCCGGAUCUGCGGCAGACUCAUCCACCAGCCCAGCGGCCGCUCCUACCACGAGGAGUUCAACCCCCCCAAAGAGCCCAUGAAGGAUGACGUGACGGGCGAGCCGCUCAUCCGCCGCAGCGACGACAACGAGAAGACGCUACGCUCCCGUUUGGUCGCCUACCACCGGCAGACGUCCCCUCUGGUGCAGUACUACAGCGCCAGGGGCCUGCACACUGCCAUCGACGCCGCCCAGAGCCCCAACGUGGUCUUCGCCUCCAUCGUCGCCGCCUUCUCCGCAGCCACAGAAGUCCCGGCUCGCGCCAAAGCUUGUAAAGACCAAGUGUUCUUCAUCUAAACCUCUUCCUCCUUCCUGUUUCCUGCUCCGCUGCCUCUUUUUCCUUUAUAUACCAGACCUGAGGUGUCAGAGUCCAAGAAGAUGGGCUGUUACUAAGCGGGUGGCUUCUGUGGUGAUAACAGAUUAAAAGUUUAGCUUAAUAGUUCUGACCUUUAGCUGAACUGAACGCUGCAAACCGCUCCUCAGGAAACAUUCCCUCAGUAUUCUCCUUUUGUUUCUGGACACAUCUGCUUUUCUUUAACCUUCUCCUUUCCUCUCGAGGCUUUCUUCUUAUAAACGAUCCUGUUUUUUCGUCCCAUUCCAGCUUCUUUUUCCCCCUAUAACUUCACCUGCUCUGAAAAACUGCAGCUGAUUUGAAUUUGUUUCGCCGUUUCUAAAUGUUAAAAGUAGAUUUUGGAACCUGACUCAUUUGUCUGUGUCCCAAAUAACUAAAAGGUAAAUGAAACCAUUCUUUGCUUUAAAUGUGAGAAGAGAUUAAACCAGAAAUCAGAAAUGGAUUAAAUCUGCUACUGAUGCUGUUUCUGCUUUAUAAACCCGUUAAUUUUAACCACCACUUAGGCAGCUUCAUUAGAUUGCUUAGUGAGCCAAACCUUUCUUCAAACAAGGUAACCUGAUCCGUCUGCUGCUUUAUGAGGAAGUUGGAACCAGAUUAACAAAGGAAACAAAUCUGUAAUGAAAGUUAUCGAGCUGCAACAGGAUGUCUAAAGUAAGGAUGUUGGAUCCAAAGCUGCUGUAUUUCAUCCAAUAUGAACUUUCAGACCAGGAAGGAGCAACACAUUUAGGUUUUUAAACCAGAGCUGAACAGUUUCUGGAGCUUUUUACCAAACCAGAACAUCCAGCUGGUAAAUCAAAUGUGUUCUCCUCCACUAACCUUUUGACCAGUAGAGGGAUCUGGUUUUAUAGAUCUAGAAUCUGUCCUACAGAGGAGGAAACUAAUCCUCUGUCUGCUGCGUUUCUUUCUCAGUGCCUGAAGAAGCGAAUCAAAUCUCCCUCAUUUGUUUAUCCAUUAGUGCAACAAUCUGCCAUCUGCUGUUGCCGCCCUCUGAUGACCCGUCUGCAUUAGAAAGGGAGCUUUUACUGUCGGCCUAAUUAGCCAAAUCAAUAAGAACCUUUUUCUGGGAAGAGGACAGAAUGUUGUUUUCAGUGAAGAAGCAGAGUUUUCCUGUAAACCUAAUGUGACCCUGCAGAGGUUCUCUAGAACCAGCAGAUGGUGGGUUUUUAUUGGCUGCGGAGGUUGGUUUUCUGACUGCAUCUGAACCAUGAAAAGUAAAUCAUCAGGAUUUAAGACGGACUUUAAAUAUGAUCAGAAAAUAUCCUGGUGAUGAUCUGCAACUCAAACACCAGAGAAUAUCGGGAUCUUCGGCUGAGCGCUUUAGGAAAAUCCUCAGAUUUGUUUGCUCAUAUGGAGAAUUUAGAGCUUUGUUCAUCCAUGUUUGGCAGAUGGAUUCCUGCUGUCUAGAUCUGAAACUUGUUGACUUCAACCCGUGGGAGCAGAGAGCAUUUAAAACCAUGGCUCCUGGUCUUCCAUGUGGCUACAGAAA